GCCGCGACAAGAGACACUCGGCCUGAGAGAGAGAGAGAAACGAAUUCGUUCGCUCGAAAGAUAAAUCAAUCCUAGACGCGUUGUAUUCCGCGUCUCCCUGAGAAAGAGACAAUAACACGAUGACGUUAAAAACAAUUUUUUUUCUCGUAGUAGUUUUCGGCCGCGUGUCUUUUGUGCGGAAAGUACGUUCGUGAGUGAUUUGUUUCUCGGACGACGCGAUGAUUUCUCCUUGGCCGGCCCCGUCGCGCUGUGCUUCCCGACGCCGUUUAAAAAUACAACACGCAGAUAUCGAGUGACGAGAUAUUUAUCCGGCAACGAUCAAAGUCAUGUCAUCAGGAGCAGGAUCGAGCGGAACUGGACGAGGACGCGGUUCCUCCUUGGCAGACAAUAAACCAGAAAGUAAAGAAGCUAAGCCAAACCCAAAGAUGUCAAAAGCUUUAGGAACUUCUGCUAAAAGGAUACAAAAAGAAUUGGCAGAAAUCACGUUAGAUCCACCUCCUAAUUGCAGUGCAGGACCAAAAGGUGAUAACUUGUAUGAGUGGGUUUCUACCAUAUUAGGUCCUCCAGGUUCGGUUUACGAGGGUGGUGUGUUUUUUCUUGAUAUACAUUUCUCACCAGAAUAUCCUUUUAAACCUCCUAAGGUUACAUUCCGAACACGCAUCUAUCAUUGCAAUAUAAAUAGUCAAGGAGUAAUCUGCUUGGAUAUAUUAAAGGAUAAUUGGUCUCCUGCAUUGACAAUUUCAAAAGUCUUAUUGUCAAUAUGUUCUCUCUUAACAGACUGUAAUCCAGCUGAUCCAUUGGUAGGUAGUAUAGCUACGCAAUAUCUUCAAAAUAGAGAAGAACACGAUCGCAUAGCACGGCUCUGGACCAAGCGCUAUGCCACAUGAGCAUGUUCUUAAAUUCAUUUUAAACUCCUAUUAGUCUCAUGCCAACUUAUGAUCGCUGCUGCUCUCAUACAACUUGUCUCGUAUGUAGUCUGUAUACAUUUUUAUCUAUGAUCAUGAUGAUCAGAAAAUACAAAUGAGCAAAGAACGUUUGAGAUCAGCUCAAACAUGAUUGUGAUUGUGCUUUUAUGUUGCGUGUGUAAUGUGCCUAAGACGAAUGAAUGUGCGUGCAAGUGUGUCAAAACAGUGUGCUAGGGCAUAAUGAGACAGGAGUUUUUCACUUAAAAAGUUACAAUGAGAUAGUAUUUAAAUGGAUUGUAUUGUGUAUCAACAAUACUACCCACAAUGCUGCUAAUGUUUCUAGAAUAGGAGAUAACAUGAACAAUAUUAAUAAUCUAAACUGUAAGUAAUGUAGGUAUAUAUAUUAUAAGGCAUGAAUAUAGAGGCCCAUUUUUCCAUAAUUAAACCAAUAUUUUUAUAUUGACUUGUCUUAAAUUUAAAUUAUUAUGUUCAUACGUGACUCUCAUCUGACUCAAGAUAUAGAGUAAUAAUAUGUAAACUAUAAUUUAGCUGCUGCUAAACUAUUGCAUACAAUUUUGUGUUCACAAUGAUUGUGGCGUUCUGCAUGAAGCAGACACGAUACUCGUGCUAUCAGACACAGUUCGAUUGUCUGGGCCCAUUCGUAAAAAUAUUGUAAUUGUAAAUAAAUAUUAUUUCCUGUAUACUUACACUGGUACAUUCAAAAAACUUGGAAUUUUGACCUGAAUUUAUAUUUUAUAUACGUACAUACGUAUAUACACAAAUUCAAGUUUUAUAAACAAUUGCAUCAAACCCCUUGAUUCACUAAUUCCGGUUGGCGGUCUCUUUCUAUAGAAGAUAGUUUUAGUUAUAAUGUAGAUAGAGAAAAUUUGACGACUGGCGCUAACCGAUGUUGGUGGAAUCUACACAUUUUAAAAAUUUUUUGUAUUAUUUAAUUCUAUUUUUAAAAAUACUUACAUAUCAAUUUUGUUGCAUACUCAAAACCUAAAAAUCUGAGUAUGUGAAAUAUGAACCUUUAUUGUCUCCAAUGUAUCAGGUAUAUGCUGAAUGUUCCCUAAAUAAUUUCUCAUAAUUUUUUACAUCAUCUAACAGACAAAGUGAUUGAGGUCACUUUGCACAUAUCUGUUCUAAAAGAUAAGUAGUUGCUUGAAAAAAAAUAUCAGGUAGUAAGAGUAAUUAUAGUUUAUAUAAAAAUGAAAUAAAGGAGAGAAACUUGCUUAACGAAUACUGAUAUUGUACAGGUAAUUGUAUUAUGUAAAGAAGACGCUUUACAUGUUUUUCUUCACUAAAUUUGAGGAAUGUAAAUAUUGCGUGAAAUGCAUGUGCAAAAUAUGCGACUCGCGUAAGUUCCUAUAUACGAAAAUUAAAUAUUCUCAGACUUUAAUUUAGUCGACAGAUAUUGGCUUUUUAUAUUUUUUAAGCUAGUACGCAGUUUCAUCUUUAAUGGAAUAUCUAUCAGAUAAUUCUGCCUCGGGACUGUAAAUAGAUCAUUAUACAUAAAAUAGAGAGUACAUAUGCAUGCCUAUGUGCAGUUGAAAAUACUAACAAGACAUAAUGGAUCUCGUUAUUUCUAAAUGUCGUAUACACAUUAAAUAUAGUCACGCUGAAAACGAGAGCCGGCUCUAUUGGACUCUGAAAGUUAUACUCUCUUGUAAAAAAAAAAGAAAAGGACGAAUAAAGGGAAAAAGCCACUCUGGCAUUUAUCCACAUAGUUUCGAUGAUCUAAAAUUGCAGUGCGGAGGAAAGUCAGUUGAUCCAUAAACGCUCUUUUAUUCGCGUGUAUAAAGAAUAUGAAUGUCAACAAAAAAGUAAGUGUAUAAGAUCGGUCUUAUAUAUUGGUUAAUAAUGAUCUUUUAAUGAUAUGAAACAAAUGAAAUACAGUUUAUUAUACACUGAUAA